AACAUCUUAGGCCGCUGCUGCUGCUGCUGUCUCUCCGGCUGCCGAGUAUAGAGGGUCCAUCAUUAGUGAAAGCGCUUUCGGGCUUCAUCGUCGACAAGCACGACGUCGAUGGUACCGACGGAACAAAUGUGCUGGUGAGCCCUCGAGCGUCGGGCCUUCGAUUGCAGCCAUAGCAGCUAGUGCUCUGAGGCCGAUGAGAAAAUGUCUCACGCCUGAGCCCGAUGAGUGAAUCGAAACGGAGUCCCCAAAGUAGUGGAAGUGCCAGCGGUGGGGCGUCAGGAACAAACGGAACAGAUAGGGACGGCGCUGGUUCGACCAGUAGUUCGAGCAGGGAAUCUUCAUCGAAGGAAAGUAGAUCCGAGGCCAGCAGUCAUCGAGAAAAUCAUCAUCAGAGCGCUCAUUCCUCCGGGAAAGGCUCGAAAAGGAUCAGAGAGAGAGAACGAAUUCCUGACAAAGAAGAAAGCCGCAGAGAGCGCGAACAGAACCGAAAGAUGUUCACCGAGGAAUUUUGGGACUGCUCUAUUUGCACGUUCAGGAACAAGGCCGAAGCAUUCAUAUGUGGAGUCUGUGAUGCACGCAAAGGAACGUCGACCCGCAAACCCCGAAUCAACCCCGCGCAACUUGUUGUGGCACAACAAGUGGCACAGCAACCGAAGCCAAAGCGGAAACGCGAGCAGAACAACAAGAAGCUCAAAAACAUUGAUCGCAACAACGAUAUACAAACUGCCAUUACUGUCAAUGGCCUUACCGUCGUCAUAACGGAGUUCAAGCCAAAAGCACCGUCUCGAAAACGAACAGUCAGCGAAAAUUCGAACGGCAGCAGUGACGGCGGAGCGACGGCCCAGCAAUCGGAUGAAGAGUUUGAAGCACUGCCUUCGGGUACUUCCGCAGCGGAGAAAUCCUCUCCAUAGCUUCUGUAUCGUUUACUAGCGUCUUCACGAGAAGAACCGCGAUACGUAGUUCCAAUCAAGUCUCAGUGGAGGGAAACCAUUCCUGCGGAGGAUCACAUUCAUCCGGAACGAAGGAUUGCUGUAAAGCUGAUUGACAGUACCAAAAAAACACUGCCUCACCCGAAGGAGCUAUCCGAUUUGUCUAUUUAAGGAAAAAAACGAG